GUGGUCGGCGUCUCGUUUCAUAUAGGCAGCGGCGACGCAGACUGCCGAUCGUACCACUCGGCUAUCUCAGCCGCUCGAGACGUAUUCGACACGGCGACCAAACUAGGGUUUCCAAGGAUGCGGGUUUUAAACAUUGGCGGCGGAUUCACAGCCGGUUCACAAUUCAUAGAAGCAGCCGAAGCUGUGAACUUUGCUAUCCAAACCUAUUUCAAAGACGAACCGGAUCUUGAAAUAAUUGCCGAACCGGGUCGGUACUUUGCGGAGCACCCGUUUACAUUGGCGGCGAAUGUUAUUGGGAAACGUGUGAGAGGGGAGUUAAGAGAGUAUUAUAUAAACGACGGGCUUUACGGGUCGUUUAAUUGUAUACAAUAUGAUCAUGCGGUUAUUACGGUGAAGGCAUUUAUGGUUGAGUCGGAUCCGGAGAAUGUAAAUGGGUUCGGGUCAAUGACAUAUGGGUCGACUGUUUUUGGCCCGACUUGUGAUGCACUUGAUACGGUGGUGGAAGGUUAUGAGCUGCCGGAGAUGGAGAUCGGAGAUUGGAUGGUGUUCCCUAAUAUCGGGGCUUAUUCGUCGGCUUCUGGAUCGAAUUUUAAUGGUUUUAAAGGUGUUGGACUUUCAACUCAUUUGGUUUAUUCUAAGGGUGGCUGA